AUGGGAAACCUUACCAUCGUUACGUCGCUUAAAUCAAAAGAUGGAGAGCGCUCUACCAUAAAAUCUCCAAUGCUUACCUCUACCAAUUACACAGUGUGGGCCAUUAGAAUGAAAAACGUGCUCAAGGUUCACAAGGUUUGGAAUCUGGUGGAGACAGCGACAGAAGAUGAUGAGAAGAACGAUAUAGCAAUUGGAUUGCUGUUCCAAGCAAUACCAGAGGCCUUGGUACUUCAAGUUGGAGAGUUGGAUACGGCAGCAAAGGUGUGGGAGGCUAUCAAAGCUCGACAUGUAGGUGCAGAGAGAGUUAAAGAAGCUAGAUUACAAACUCUAAUGGCUGAGUUUGAUAGAUUGGUGAUGAAAGACAACGAGAGGAUCGAUGACUUCGUUGGCAAGCUAUCUGAGAUCUCAUCAACAUGCUCUGCCCUAGGUGAAGAGAUUGAGGAACCCAAGCUGGUCAAGAAGUUUCUUAAGUGUCUUCCUCACAAGAAGUAUAUACACAUAGUUUCCUCUCUUGAACAAGUACUUGAUCUAAAGACCACAAAGUUCGAAGACAUUGUAGGACGAUUAAAAGCCUAUGAAGAACGCAUUCGAGUUAUAGAAGAUAUCGAAGAGGAUCAAAGCAAACUUAUGUACACCAAUACAGAACAGCAAACCACACGAGACUAUCAAGAUGACUAUCGAGGAUACCGUGGGAGAGGACGCUCUUACAGAGGCAGGGGCCGUGGUCGAGGCAGAGAUACGUCGAGAAUAACGUGUUUCCGGUGUGACAAGAUGGGUCAUUAUGCUUCUACCUGCCCCGAUCGUCUUCUAAAACUGCAGGAAGCACAUGAACAAGAGAAAGAUGACACGCAAGAUGCAGACGAGCUUAUGAUGCAUGAGGUGGUCUAUCUAAACGAAGGAAACGUAAUGCUAAGCAAGUACGAUUCAAACAGAGAAGACAAUAUGUGGUAUUUUGAUAAUGGAGCUAGUAACCAUAUGACUGGAGAUCACCGUUAUUUUAAGAGAAUCAAUGAGACAAUCACAGGAAAGGUGAAGUUUGGAGAUGACUCUCGAAUAGACAUCAAGGGGAAAGGUAGUAUUGAGUUUGUAGAUAGAAACGGAGAAACGAGAACGAUGUCUAUUUUAUACCUGAUCUGA